AUGGAGAGUACAAUGGACCGGAACUCGGUAGAGAGCAGAUUAGGAGACGCCAUGAGCAUCUUUGGUCAGGGCAUCGAUGUAAGGAGGCCGGGGAGGAGCAGGAGAAGAGCCACACAGAAGAAUUUGUCACCUGAGAUCGAACAACCGGUGAAACCCAGCAUGGACAGGCUGCAUCAACGCAGGGCCGUUGCGGAGCGAGAGCAAACCCGUGCCGAGUCCGAGCUAUCAAGGACAAGAACCAUGGCUAAGGAGCUGGAGCGACAGAUCGAGCAGACCAGUGCCAAGGCGAGGUCUCACAGAUGGGAGCUCCAAGGAACGCGCGCAAGCGGCAGCGGAAGAAAGAAAGGCCUCGCCGACGUCGAGGCACCCGGCGUCGAUCAUCCUCAGGAGAUCAACACGCUGUACGUCGAGGUGAUGCAGGAGCUGGACCGCGUCAAGAGGGAGAUCCGGAAGCUGCUGCGCGAGGUGAAGUCUGCGACAGAGGCCAAGGCCAAAGCCGAGAGAGACGCGGAGACUCCAACGCUCAGGGUGAUGAGCUCUGAUUCGCGUGUCCCUGACAGCGGGAAGCGCGAGGCCGGCGAGGCAAACGAAGAUCGCGCCAUAGCAGAGCUCGCCGAGGCCGGCGGAUUCGGCAAGGGCAUGCAGAUGCAGGCCACGCGGACGCGCGCCAAGGGGCUCCACAGAGAUACGAGCAGCGAGAGUGACACUGAAGAGAGGUUCGCCACGGCGAGCAGCUCCGAUGUGGGACUCCGGGACGCCGAGAUGGCGAUGGUGCCAGCAACGGAGACGGAUCACGUCGAGAACGACGAGUGGGCACUGACGAUCACGCAACACGAUGAUUCAUCGCUGCAGGCUGCAGAAGCCGAGCUGCAUUCAGCGAGGAUAGAGCUGGAGUGCAUCAAAGAAGAGGGACUCCGGUUCGUGAACUCCAUCGAACGCACGCGCAAGGAGACGGCGCGGGUCGCCGAGGAGAUCAGCCGGCUCAAGGAGCAGGAGAAGAAGGCCAGCGCGCAGGUGCAGCAGCUGGACGCCAAGCUGUUCAGGGCCAGGUCCCGGCUGGAGGCCGCCACGGCCGCCGAUGAGAGUGCCGAGGCGAUGCUCGCCGAGCUAUCUGCGGCGCUGAAGCAGCUGGGCGAGGAAACCGAGGUGGCGGAGAAGGAGAAGGCGCUGACGGAGCUGGAGAACCGGUGCGUCAGAGAAGACGCCGAGAACGUCAGCGCCGAGAUCGCCGCGGCCGAGCAAAGGGUCCGGGAGUCGGUGAGGGAGCUCGAAGCGGCGAGGGCAUCUGAGGCCGCAGCGACGGAGAAGUUGAAGGCCGUGGUUGACAGCGCGAUGCUGGCCAGGGCGGCCGUGACGUCGCAGAGGUCCGGCAACGCGACGAUCCCCAGGUUCGAGUACGAGUACCUGACCGGCCGCGCCGAUGUCGUCCGAGCGGUCGCCGAGAAGAAGGUGUCAGCCGCACAGGCCUGGGUGGAGGCGCUGCGCGCCGGCGAGAAGGAGAUGGCGAUGCGUGCGGAGGCGAUCGAGAGGGAAAUUGGUGAAACGAUGGCCGGGCAAGCGGAGACCGCGGGUGGUCAUCGCGCAACGGGGCAUGAGCCGCGCGAUGGCCCGCAGCAGCGAGACGCGGAGGCCACCGGCGCCCAGAGAGAGCGAGGUGCCGGCGGCGUCGGGUCAGGCAAGGACACUGUCAUCGUCAAUGGCGCGGAAGACGAGGUCACCGUCGUUCAGCAUCAAGAAGAAGAGGAGGGCAUUGAUACCGAAGUACCUGAAGCUUAUCGCGGGAAGGUGUAGGGG